UUGAACCGGGCGGCUGCUUGGAUAUCCUGGGUGGGUGGCGGUGGCAAACUUUGAACACGUAGAAGAAGAAGAGAAGAACCCCGGAGUUCAGGCACUUCGCUACAAUCCGGAUACAAAUGUAUCCAAAGUCCUGAAUGUUGCACUCGCAGCUUUAGAAGAGCCGCUUUCCUGCCUGUAGUCUGGAGCAUGGACACCCGGUUGGUCGCGGAGCCGCAGCAGCGGCGGCAGCCGGCGGCGGCGGCGGUCGGGUCGAUGGUCGUCGGCGCGGCUUUCCACUGCCGGCCGGGCCGCUCGGUGCUGCGCGACAACCGGAUCCCCGCGCCGCCGGCGGCCGAGGGGGAGGAGCGCGGCGGCGGCGGCUCCGUGCCGGUGUUUACGCGCGGGCCCGUUUUAUACCAAUGCCGAAUGGACGGCGGUAACGCGGCUGCGGAGAAGGAGAAGAAGAAGGAGGAGGAGGUGAAAGGCGAGCGCACCUCCCCGCGAGGGAGCGGACGAGUCCCUCGCGACGCGGACAAAGUCAGCGCGACCGGACUCGGGGACCACAGAGAUGGCGGUUCCUCCGGGACCCUGAAGAGGGCCAGCCCGACCCACUGCCCGGCCGCCAACGGGCAGUCGCCGGGCGGCUUCGUGCACUUGGACCUCAGGAACCCAGGGCGACAGGCGGAGCCGGCCAACAACAACAACAACAUCAACUUCAGGGCGGCGCAAUGGCGGAUCGCGCCGCCGCCGGGGAGGCAGCCCCUCCCUUCCUCCCACAUCCCCGUCCCCAGACACAGGAAUCCUUCGGGACACGCCGAAAAAGAAGUGAUGGCCGCCACCGUCCUGACCUCGCUGUCCACGUCGCCUCUGGUGCUCAACACUUCCCCCGCAGUCCCGGAGCCGGCCAGCAGGGCUUGGAAAGAGGUGCUGUCGGCCAGCUACAGCAGCUCCACCAGCGGCAACUGGAGCUGGGACGCCAGCGACCAAUCGGUGCCCUCCACGCCGUCCCCGCCCCUCUCCAACGACGCCAGCAAGAACUUCCUGAUCUCGUCCCGGGGCGACGACGUCAUCGAGGACGCCGCGGAGAGCCCGCACUUCAUGUUCGAGGACCCCAUACCUCGGAAACGAAAGAAUUCCAUGAAGGUGAUGUUCAAGUGCCUGUGGAAGAACUGUGAGCUGGUCCUCAGCACCUCCUUGGGGAUCCAGAGACAUGUCCGCUCCGCCCACCUGGGGCGCGGCAGCGACUCUGACUACAGCGACGGCGAGGAGGACUUCUACUACACGGAGAUCGAGGUCAACAUGGACAGCCUGACGGAGGGCCUGUCCAGCCUCACGCCCGCCUCCCCCACCACGUCCGGCCCUCCGCCCGUCUUCCCGCAGCCGCACUCCUCCAAUGCCUACCCGCACGCCGCCAAUGCCUACCCGCACGCCGCCAAUGUCUACCCGCACGCCGCCAAUGUCUACCCGAACGCCGUCCCGCACUCCCAGAACAUCGCCGUGGCAGGGCCGCAUGGCGCCCCCUCCCCCACACUGCUCAGCCAGUCGGCUCCCUCCACGCUCUACCACAUCCAAACCGACCACGCCUACCAGGGGGCUCGGGGGCGGAGCACCGGAGAAAGGCGGCAGCCGGCGGCAGCAGCAGCAGCCAAUGCUUCAGUGACUCCGCCUCCUAAAUCAAAUUCAGGAACCAGGAAACCCCGUGGGGAUGCGAAGAAGUGCCGUAAGGUGUACGGCAUGGAGAAGAGAGACCUGUGGUGCACCGCCUGCCGCUGGAAGAAAGCUUGUCAGAGAUUCAACGACUGAUCCGGCGCCGCCUUCCAGAGUCCGUGAGACGAGGGCGUCCUAACUCGGACCCACGGAUGAAGGUGGACUCUUCCACAUAGGGAGGGGGGAGGAGGAGUGGGAGGGGCUUAUGCAGGUUGGGAGACUUUUUUUUAAGGCUGAAACUCUUUUAUUGUUCACAGCCUCAGUUGAAGGCGAUGUUUAAGGAUUACAGAUGAGCUUCUUUUUUUGGGGUAUAAUGUUCACUAUAGGAGCAUCACAUAGCUACUGUUAUGGGUUGAAUCAUUACUUUUAUUUUACAGUAUAUAUCGGUUUUUCACUUUCUCUUUCAACAUUUCUCGCGUCGCUGUCUUCCGCAGCUUCCUGGAAACAGACUUAUGUUGAACUACACAUUGUUUAAUAUCUACUUCCUCUUCAUUAAGCAAACUUCAGCACAGCCGGCUAACUCCAAAAAAAAAAAAGUUUCCCCUCGACUUUGCAUAAUUUUUAAACAAAAUUUGAAAAAUGUUCACGAUGCAUAUGAAUCAUCUCUCGAGACCUUGAUGAAAGAAGUCGUGUUUUCUCAUCUCUGAAGCAGAGCGUUCGUCUAUUUUACAGAGUUGAUCUUCAGCAGGUUGAACGUCGCUUUGUGGUUGUUUUUUGGUUCUUUGACCGCCGGCUCUCAAAGGGAUAGUUUCUCACAAUAAGAUCUCUUAAAGGUUGUUUUAUGAAUAAGCUCUCUUAAAGGGAUAGUGUCCACCAUGAGGAACUUUUUUAACAUCGUGCCAGACGGAUGAUCGUCUGUGAAGAAUGUCGCUUGUACAACGACUUUGUGAUAAAUCUGGCUUUUUAAUUCAUUACCUUUUUUUAAAAAUAGAGGCGCAUUAUUAGAUGACGUCAUAGGAAACAAGACUCUAUACUGUCUUUUUAUUAUUAGAAGUGUGCUUUUUCUUUUUUACAUCCAGAAUCUUUUGCUCUGUUAACAUUUGGAGAAAAAAGUUAUCUGAAGUUAUAAUCCCCUUUUUUAACUUUUUUUUGUACUUUUUAGAAGUGGCCUCAAAAUAAAAUGUCCAGGCUGCUUUUUCCUAUCUUUAGAGGAAAUAUUAUUAGAUAAAAAAGAUUUGUCAUAGUUUAGAAGUUGUAAUUUGUUUUUUUAUUCCCUGUAUUUUAAGAGCAAUAUUUCCCAAAAUAAAAUGAUAAUGUUGCCCAUUUAUUACCUUUUUGCUUUUCUAUAAAUUUUAAAAUUGUACCACAAUGGGGGGGAAUAAAAUGGAAAAGCUUGGAUUAAUUUACAGUGAAAGAAGUCGUCUUGUUGUUCUUUGGUCCCCGACCGAAAACUGUUGUGAUGAUGGUAAAAUACAUAACUACACAUCAGUAUUCAUAUUAUCGUUAAAUUCCCUCUUCAGUAAAGUCAUUUACUUGUUCUGAAGCUUUUCAAGUUUACAUCACGCUUCCCCUGAAACAAGUAACUCAAUUAUUAAUAACAAAUCACAAGUUUGCCUCAUCUUGACUUUCAGUCUUAAACAUCUGUCAUCAGAUUCCAUUUCUAGAGAUCAGAUAUACUAUUAGUCCCAGUGGGGACAUUCAGGAUUGGAUUUGGCGUUGGAUUGAUUUCUACGCAUUUAAGUUUUUAAAAAGAGAAAUAAUAACAUCUGUAAAUGGAUUUUAUUCUAAAAGUUUCUUAAACUUCAACGAGGAGAACGAAAAAGAUAAACUGAAUUUUAAAUUGCUUUUUGCUAAAAUGUUUCUAUUCAUGGCCGUUGUCCACCGAUGCUUCACUGCCUUGGUGCCUUUGAGCAAUACACCAUUGUUCUCCUUAAAGUCGUCUGAGUCUCUUAAUUGCCUUUUUUGCCGACCUACACGUUAUUGCAGCUGGAUGCAGCUAUCUCCGGUUCUGGGCGUGCAAACCCUCCGGUCUCUCUCUCUUUUAGGAUCGCCACGAUUUAGUCGCCGGUGGUUUUUCGACGGGACCUUAAGGAAACUGUUCCAGACGUCCACGAGGACGUGGAGGUUGAAUGUUUGUACUUUCAUUGGCGAGUCGGUGCAAAAAUAAAACUUUGACUUGAUGGGUUUGAGGGAAAGUUUGACGACGUUACUUUUUGUGCAUAAAGGGAACCGGAAGGCUUUUUUUUUUCUUUUUUUCCAGUUCUUAUCUUGUAAGAUUCUUUUAACAAUAGUUGCUCUGAAUAUUUAGCUAUAAGUUGAUUGAGAAGCUAAAGUGAACAUAAAACUGAUUAUAUCGUGCAGCUUCGCGGCAUAGAAGAAAAAACCUCAAUGUAAACAUACAAAAACAUAUAUUUUUAAUUUCUGGCUAGUUCCUUCUUGCAUCCUGAUGUUUUCUCGUCUGUUACUCUAAUACUUUGGCCUGUCGCCACACUGCUCCUAUCAAAACGCAGCCAUGCAGUAUUUUAUUCAUUUUUGUGCAAUGAAAUGAUUUUCAUCUCUGUUUGUCGUCGGUCUCUAGGGCGGCAGAAGCGUCAAAUGUUGCUGUGACGAUGUGCUGUUAGUGACGCUACGCUGUUACCGACAACGACGCGCUGUUGGUCACGCUGUGCUGUUAUCGUGACGUUGCACUGUUAGUGACAACGCCCUGUUAUUGCAACGAUGCGCUGUUAUCGUGACGUUGGGCUGUUGGUGAUGACGCGACGACGGAUAAAGUUGCGACCUCUGAAGACGAUCGUUAUCCGGAUCAUUCCAACUGCCGACUCUUGACCGUUUCCCGCCGGCUUUACUCGGGUCUCACCAAAGCCUUUUCACUCAGUAUAUUAAGCUAAACUAAACCCUUAAAAUGUGCAUAAAAACACACAAAAAAGCCUUCACUUUUAUUUCCACCAUUUUAGUAUUUUUUUCUCUCCAUCACUUGCCGCUUUCGUGACUGUUUUGACAUGUUUUUAAUAUUUUCUUUCAGUUCUAAUCGUGUGCAAAGCCAACAGAUCUUCCAAAUGAAAUGUAAUGUAACGCAUUGCAACGGCAGCUCCUCAGCGCUCUGCUUCGGCGACUGUGCUCCGUUUGACCUUUGACCCCGCUGUGGUGUUAUUCUAGUUUUUACUGAGCCUUAAACUGGCUGCUGUGAAAAUGAACUUGUGCUUGUUUUCUCGUUGAUUUCAAUUAAUUUUGUCUGAAUUUGAUAUUUUGCAUGUCUAGCAUCCUUUUUUUUCUCCUUUCUUUUUUUUGGGUGGGAGAUAAAACACAAAGGUUUUAAUUGUAAAAUGUCUUCCGGUUCAGUAACGGAUGACCCGGGGCUGAUGUGUGUUAACGCUCGUUGCAGCGCUGUUGACGUCAGCCUCGGGUCGUCACUGGAGGGCAAGAUUUCUCCCGUGUGUGUGUGUGUGUGGACUCUUGGACUGCACUCGACGAAUAUCUGAAUGUGAACGUCAAUCCUGAGGUUGAUGACCGCGUUGUGUGAUCUGUAAUGACGGGAAGAAAAUAAACCUGAAUGGAAGAAAUCUGC